CCAUCUUCUCUCACAUUCGACGCUAUUCAAAGAAACUCACACACGCAUUCAGUUCCCUCUCAAACCUUCUUCGAUUCCCAAAAGUUUCUCUCUCUCACUUUCAUCAAUGGCCGGAAGAGGCAAAUCUCUCGCCGCAGGCACAGCCAAGAAGAGCACGUCUCGGAGCAGCAAAGCCGGUCUCCAGUUCCCCGUCGGCCGUAUCGCCCGUUUCCUCAAAACCGGCAAGUACGCCGAACGCGUCGGCGGUGGCGCCCCUGUCUACCUCGCCGCCGUCCUCGAGUAUCUCGCCGCCGAGGUUUUGGAAUUGGCUGGAAAUGCAGCGAGAGACAACAAGAAGACACGUAUAGUGCCACGUCAUAUCCAGUUGGCGGUGAGGAACGACGAGGAACUGAGCAAGCUUCUUGGGUCUGUGACCAUCGCAAACGGUGGCGUUUUGCCCAACAUUCACAACAUGCUCUUGCCUAAGAAAACCGGCGCCGGUUCCAAGAGCGGCCCAAUCGAUGACUAGACCGGAGGAGCUUUCUCAAAGAUCUAUUUUGCCAGAAAAAAAGAAGAAGAGAAUUGUGGACAGUGGUAUAGAUAGGAAUUGUGGUUCUUAGAUUUGGUGAUUGUAAGAAUUGGUAGGAGUAGGAUUUGAUUAGAUUAGGAUUUUCUAUUGUCAUUCUGUUUGGAUUUUUAGAUGGUUUCUUUGCUUUUUGACAAUUCAAGAUUUGAAUUUGAUUGUUAAAAGAUUUGCAAUAUUGAAAUGUGAAUGAUCUUUGCAAUUGUCUAAA